AUGGAGCAAGAUAAUAGUGUGUUUCCUUUUGCAGAUGCUCCUAGUAUUGUACAAGCUCACCAAAAGGAUGUCUACAUAGAGUCCAUCCUUGGCACGAAGCUUGAGGAUGCCCUGAAGGCUCUCAAGGGACAGCUAUUUGCCAACAGGUACUAUCAGGAGAUAUCUAUUGCCUCUAAGAUUCUGUACUUGGGGUUGACUACAUUGCGAGAACGCCGCACGCUGGGUGAGGAAUACGUGGACCUUAUCUAUGUGAGUAGAAAUGGGAUGGGACUAGUGAAGGCAUGGCGAAGGCUUUUGUUUGUGCUUUCGUAUGCAGCUCUGCCAUAUGGGCUCUCCAAACUGUUCAAGCGUCUGAAGCGGCGCUACGAGGACGAUACCCCAAACAAAAAUGGAAUUUUGCACUACUUAGCGGGACUUACUUUCAAGGACAUUAUGGAUAAUGCAUUGAGUGUACAUUUAUUGGUGUUCUACCUAACGGGAGGAUUCUAUCAAAUAUCUAAACGGAUUUUCGGUUUACGGUAUGCUAUUGGCCACGAUGUGACCAAAGAGGAGAAAGAAUUUAGAAAGUCCAGCUCCAGAAGCUACAGGAUACUGGGUGGCCUGGUGCUAUUACAGUUGCUAGCGAAAGUCCAGCCACAUGUGAAUACCAUGCUAAAAAUGUACCUGAAGUCACCUACUGAAAAUGCGACCAACAAAAACGGUAUUUUAACCAAUGGUUCACCAGAGGCCACCGCGAGGCAUAUUGAACUCAGCAAUCCUGAGAUUUUUCCAUUUAUAUCAGAACAAUCACGAAAGUGUAUUUUGUGCCUGGCAGAUAUGACUGAUCCCAGUUGCUUGCCCUGUGGCCACAUGUUUUGUUGGGCUUGCGUCAUGCAGUGGUGCAACGAACGAAAUGAAUGCCCGUUAUGCAGACAGCAUUGCACAAAACAAUCCAUCCUUCAACUAAGAUAA